AUGCAAUUUGUUAUAGGAGCUUCUGUUGCCGUAGAAAUCAACGGCUCAAAGAUAAGUGUGGCAGCAGGUGAUUCUUGUCAGAAACUUGUCGUCUGUGCAUUAGAAAAUUGUAUUGGCAAAGGUGUCGGCUUUCCAGCAGAAUCGAAGCUUAUCGAUACACUGUUAAGCAAAGCAAAUUUUGGUUGUGUUUUGGGACCAACCUGCUAUGUCCACUGCAGUGAAUGCUCUAACUGUAAAUAUGCCCAGAAUCAAAUUCGUAACGUUCUUCUCCACGAAGAAUUGGACGGUUCAUGUCCGAAGCUUGAAGCGUGCGCAAAAACUUGCUUAGAAGAUCAGGCUACUGAUCCAUUUUCAUGCAUAUUUCGUCAUCGAUGUCUCAAACAUUGUUUGGAUGGUAAAGAUUGUAUGCAGUGUUAUGAUGUCAUGAAACGGGUAUUCACCGGGUACUGCUAUCGUAACGGAUUUAUAGCACAUUAUGGUAAAAAAUGUCGCAAAAUGUUCGACGAUUUAGCCAGCGUAUAUGCUAAUUAA